CCUUACUAUAAAGGGCUUUCAAACUGCUUCAGAGAGGGUACCCGUCGUUUUCCUCCUUUCCAAAUCAAUCGCCGUUGACCAGUCUCAAACAAACUGAACCGGGGCCAUGGAUCCUUUCCGCUCUGCCGCCCUCUACUCCUCCGCCCCAACCUCCGUCUCUUCUGUCAUCCCCCAUGAUCUCGAUUUCCGCAGCAGGAAGGCCAGCCCCUGUUGGCAUCCUCCUCGUCGGGAGCUCCUCCUCUUCCGUUGCGCCGACAGCUCCACCCGCCCUCCUCCGCCCAAGCGGCAGCCGGCUGCGAUGAUGCUGUCCCUCUUCGACAGCCUCAAAGACAGCCUCACCAUCGACGUGGCUCGCGCCGAGGGCCGGCCCCUCGACGUCCCCCUUGCGCGCCCCUUCACUAUCGCCUCCUCCCGGCUCGACCGCGUGGCAAAUGUUGCCGUCCGUGUGCAGUUGCGCAAUGGCAGUGUGGGAUGGGGAGAGGCCCCCGUGCUACCCUCGGUCACCGCGGAGGACCAGCCCGCUGCACUGGCAGCUGCCGCCGCGGCCUGCAGCGCCCUCGUUCAGAGCCUGCCUAUGACGCUCGGAGAUGUGCUUCGCGAAGUCGGCCGCUUGCUUCCGGGUCAUGAUUUCGCUUCGGUAAGAGCAGGAGUUGAGAUGGCACUGAUUGAUGCUGCAGCUAAUAGUAUUAGAAUUCCUCUUUGGAGAUUGUUUGGUGGAGCAUCAAAUUCUAUUACAACAGACAUAACAAUUCCAAUUGUAUCUCCAAGUGAAGCUGCUGAAUUGGCUGCUAAGUAUUGUAGACAAGGGUUUAGCACAUUGAAACUGAAGGUGGGGAAGGACUUGAACUCGGAUAUUGAAGUUCUAACAGCAAUUAGAUCAGUUCAUCCUGAUUGUUUGUUUGUUUUGGAUGCAAAUGAAGGCUAUAAGGCUCAUCAAGCAAUUGAAGUUCUAGAUAAGCUUCAUGCUAUGGGUGUCACUCCUAUUCUAUUUGAGCAGCCUGUUCAUAGAGAUGAUUGGGAAGGUCUCCAUCUUGUUAGCCAUGUUGCAAAGGAUAAAUAUGGUGUAUCUGUUGCUGCUGAUGAAAGUUGCAGGAGUGUGGAUGAUGCUAAUAAAAUUAUACAGGGAAGUCUUGCACAUGUAAUCAACAUCAAACUUGCUAAGCUUGGUGUUAUUGGUGCGUUUGAGGUCAUCAAUAUUGCUAGAGAAGCAGGCAUUGCUCUUAUGAUUGGUGGAAUGGUUGAAACAAGACUGGCAAUGGGCUUUGCUGGUCAUCUUGCUGCUGGCCUUGGUUGCUUCAGUUUCAUUGAUCUUGACACACCACUUCUUCUUGCUGAAGAUCCUGUUAUUCAAGGUUAUGAAGCUUCUGGUUCAGUGUACAAGUUCGACAAUUCAAGAGGCCAAGGUGGCUUCCUCUGUUGGGGCAAUGUCUGACGAGGUGGGCAGUUGACCUUCUUGAUUAUUUUUCUGGUGGACAUGGAUAUCGUAUCGAUGGAGGUAACAUUCUCUGAAAAUGUUAUCAGACACUUCAAAUCUAUAAGUUGCAUGUAGUUAUCAUGUUAAUCUGGCUUGUGAGACAUUUUCAUUUAUGUUAAUUCAUCUUUCAUGUGGAUGAUUUAGAUAACAAUGAUAAAAUAAUGAAGAGAUUCAACAAUCAUA